AUGAAAACUGAAUUUAAUCAAAGACAAAAGGAGAAAUAUGAUAUAGUGAUGUUCGACGUGUUGAAAGUUCGAGCUGAAGAUAUUGCUAGUCAAAUUACCCUCAUUGAUAUUUCACUCUUCAAAGCAGUCACUUCACAGGAACUAUUAGGGGGAGCAUGGACAAAGAAGAGUAAGCAUGUGGAUGCAUCGAACAUAGUUGCAUUCACUGAUCGAUUCAAUUCGGUUUGUUUAUGGUGUCAGCGGGAAAUUUUGUCACGUGAGAAAGUUGCUAAACGUGCUGAAGUUCUUCGACAUUUUAUUAGAAUUGCAAAGCAUUUGUGCGACCUGAAUAAUCUCAACUCAACAUUUUCGAUUGUGAGUGCGCUGCAAAGUCUUUCCAUUUAUCGUUUGGCGAAAACAUGGAGACUUAUUGAUCGAUCAGAACAUGAAGAACUUACCAAGUUGCAAUUGUUGUUUGAUAGUGAAAGUAAUUGGAAACGUUUACGAGAACAUCUAAAUUCUGCUAAAUUACCGUGCAUACCUUAUUUAGGUUUGUAUCUUACUGAUCUCAGUUUUAUUGACACUGCUCAUGGCACUGCAAGAAAAAAUUUUACGGAAUCUGAAAACACAAACCGGAAGAAAGACGAAGUUUUAGCUCGUAUUUCAUAUUUUCAGGGAUCAUUUUAUGAUAAUUUGACGUACGUGGAAUAUCUACAGAAAUAUCUUCAGUCAUUCAAAAUUCAUGAUGUGCCAGUUAAAUUUACAGAGAAUGAUUUGUUCAGUGAUACACACCGUGCUUCAUCAUCAUCAUCGCCAGUGGUUAAAUUCCUACGCCGUCCAUCAUUGUCGCGAACACUGUUAGCAAUCAAUCGACUUCGUUCAAAUUUAUCGCCUUUUGAGAAAACUGCUCAAUCGCCGACUCCCCAGCUUUCACCAAAAAUACGUAAUCGUCAUGCCAUCGUUUCUGAUCAUCGAAGAGCUCGCAGCUUAGGUACUAAACUAAAUACUGGAGAAGUUAAUCUAUCGUUUUCUUUUGGCACAGACUUGUCUCAUUCAAAAAACAUUGAAGGCAGAGAGUUAACGACGUCGCCGAUUCCUACAUCUGUUGAAAAUACGACCAUUUCUACAUAUUCGCCACGUUUUGUUAACUCCUUAUCAUCAUUUAAUCCUCUAAAAACAUCUACACCUCUGCGACCUGCACCAAAGCUGUCGCCAACAAUUCAGUUCAAUUCAUUUGGUCGUGAAAGUAAUACAGAUCGAUUACGUCUUAUUGAUGUUGAUGACGACAAUGAUUGCGAAAUUUUGGAUUACGAAGGCGAAGCUACUGUCGUUAUUGUUCGCAAAUGUAGCAUUAAGUCACCUAUGAUGAAAUGUAGUCAAAAAUGUUAUCUGGAAUUACGCAAUUCACAUUUGCACCAGUUCUGCCGUCGAAGUGUUAACAUUCGAUGCAAGAGUAAUCGCGACGCUUACUAUAAAAAAGCAAGCAAAGUAAUGAAGUUAGAAGAAAAUGAAUGGUGUGUCACAUGUUGCAUUAAUUCGACGGAGCCAUAUUUCGAGAUGCAUCACCCACCAACUGGUCGAAUAUACCGUUACAUAUGCAAGAACGAAACAGACGCUGCGGAAUGGUAUAAGCAUAUUCGAGAAGCUAUUCAAAAUGCAUUACUUAGAGCCUGA